AGUGCUCAGCGAGCAGCAUGCCGGGCAGCAUGGUUCCACAUGUGUUCACGGUGGAACUGCCCGGGCUGGGACGCCCGACGCCCACCUCCUUCGAGGAGGCCAUAGCUCUGACGGGCCACGGCAGAUUCCACCGGCUGCUCCUGGUGUGCUGCGGUAUGGCAAUAACCUGCGUCAUAGCGGUCACCAUAAACACCUCGUAUGUGAUGCCUUCCGUCGGCUGCGAGAUCCUGAUGACCUCCAACGAGAAGGGCUUACUCAACUCCAUGGUCUUCAUAGGCAUGAUCUGUAGCUCGCACCUUUGGGGGUUCCUGGCGGACACGCGCGGCAGGAAGCCUAUCAUCCUGGCCGGCUUCCUCAUGGACACUGUGUGCACCAUCAGCUCCAGCUUCACGAAUUCUUACUGGCUCUACCUGCUGCUGCGCUUUCUCAAUGGCUUCACCAUCAACGCGACGGCCGCCAUCAAUUACGCCUACCUGGGGGAGUUCCACCCCGACUCGACUCGCACCCAGGCCAUCAUGUGGUGCAAUGUGUUCGUGUCGCUGGCCAGCAUCCUGCUGCCAGGGCUCGCCUGGGUGGUGAUCCCACAGCCGUGGAGCGUGGAGCUGCCCGCCUUCACGUUCAGCUCGUGGCGCGUGUUCCUGCUGCUGUGCUCGGCGCCCAGCCUCGUCACGGCGGCGCUCUUCACGCUCAUGCCGGAGAGCCCCAAGUUCCUGCUCACCCAGGGACGUCACGACGAGGCGCUCGCCAUCCUGCGGCGCAUCUACAGCCUCAACACCAGCAAGCCCUCUGACACCUACCCGGUGCAGCGACUCAUGCUGUCGGAAAGUAGCGUCGACCCCCCCGCCAGCAAACAACCCUCGCAGAGCUUCCAGGACGUCAUGAGGAGCGUGUGGAGGCAGACCGCGCUUCUCUUUGUGCCUCCUCACCUUCUCUCCACCGUCAUCAGCUUCCUCCUCCUCUUCGUCUUCUUCUGCGUGGGCAACGGCGUGAUGCUGAGGCUGCCGGAGAUCUUUAACACGAUGUCGCAGUUCUCUGCACUGGCACCGGACCAGCCAAGCUCGGUGUGCGCCUCCUACCACGGCCUGGGCAGUGACAACACCACCGCGCAUGCGCUGCUGCAGCUCAACGACUCCGGCCAAGGCGACAUGCUCUGCUCCACUGCCAUCGACCCCAUCGCUUUCCAGAACACCUUAAUCGCCGGCGGGGUGUCUUGCGUUAUGUACCUGGCGGCCGGAGUGGCUGUGCACUUCAUCAGCAGGAAGUCGUUCACCCUGCUGCUGGUGGUGGUAGCAGCGGCCUGCGGCCUUGGCCUCGACUUCGUCAACAUGCCAUCGCUGGUGACGGCGCUCGCCUGUGUGAUGGUGUCCGUGCUUUUUAUCGGCGUUAGUGUUGUCAGCUCCUUUGUCGUCGAUGUCUUUCCCACUCAUCUCAGAGGCAUGGCCAUGAGCCUAGGGCUGAUGGCAGGCAGGAUCGGAACUGUCAGUGGUAACAUGAUCCUGGGAGCACUCCUUGAGCAUUACUGCGACGUGGUCUUCUACUUCAUCGCUGCCAUUUGCCUGGGUGAGUCCCGUGGUCUAAGCCACUUCAACAUACCGAUUGUCUGCAUGUCUUCUGUGGUUAGCAGAAAAUAUAAUAUAGCUAUUAUCUGGUUAAACUUUAUAAUGAUUACUUUUGUAAUAUCUAUACUGGUUUUUAAUCACAUAUUAGCAUUCUUAUCUAUUCUACAAAUAACAAAAUUUACAUCAUGCACAUAAGCCAACUUUAGAAAAUGACUAACCACUGGUGUAUUUAUUGUGGCAAUGUGAGUAAGUGAAUUUGGUUCAACCUGGGACACCGGGUCCCGCGUCGGUAUCCGGGCAUCCACGACGGCCAUCUUGGACUAUGUCACUUCCGGCGGCCAUCUUGGAUUACAUUAUUUCCCGUGGCCAUCUUGAAUUAUGUCACUUCCGACCACCAUUAUGUUUCUUCUAGAAAAUUCCACCAUUUUGAUUUAUGACAUCAUAAAUAACAAAAAGAUAUAUAUAAUAAAAGUAUUAUUAAAUUUCACCAUCACCUGAUAAUCGAACAACCCACUCCUAUGUGUUGCACAUUUCGUUAUGUCCACCAUAUUUUAAAAUCAUAAUUAUUAACUUAGAAACUCAGGAAAAAAGAAAAAAAGAAAAAAA